AUGCCACACCUGCAGUGGUGUGGAGCAGGACGGCAUGUUACCUCGAACAUUGUCAGGGACGAGAUCCAACUAACGGCUUACGACAACGUAUUCGCUGCCGAUGGUGUCCCACCCCUGUUCGACGGCCCGUGGGUUGCCGAGAUCCCGGCGUCGCAGAUCGCUGAGCGUUAUGCCGGGUGGGAGCGAGACCUCACCGAUUUGCUGCACAUUCCAAAGGUUGCAUCGCGAUGGGCAGUCCACGUCGUAGCCCCACUCCCAGCAUUUGCGAUGGAGAGAGUUUGUCUGAUCGGUGACGCUGCGCAUGCCAUGACACCACACCAGGGUCUCGGUGGGGGCCAAGGCAUCGAGGAUGCAUAUAUCCUAGCUCGAUUGCUGGAAGAUUCGAGGACGACGGUGUCCGCCUUGCCGUAUGCGCUAAAGGUGUACGACGCCAUCCGGCGGCCAGCCUCUCAAUUGGUGUCGCGGCAGUCGCUGGCCAACGGACUGACGUACGGGUUCUUCGGUUCGCAAGUCCGCGACUCAUCUCUGAAAACUGUCGGCGCUGCAGUAUCCAUUCUCCAAAGGGAUGGCAUCGUGGUGUUGGAAGACGUUGUGGACAAGUCUGCCGUAGCAAAGCUAAACUCCAUCAUGGCCGAGAGAUCUGAACAACUGGCCAACGAACCAUCGACCCAUUUCAAUCAAGGAAAACCUACCCGUAACAUCUCACAAAGGCCGCCGGCUUCUCCGGAUCUAAUGUUUCAGUCUAUUUGGGCGAACCCUUUCGCAGCCAGUAUAGGCGCCGCAAUUCUGGGACCGAGUCCGCGAGUAGUUUACGCGAAUGGCAACACAGCACUUUCCUCAACUGAACGGCAAACUGUUCAUGCAGAUUUAGACCAUGAGCACCUCCGGUUUCCAUUUGCAUUGGUGGCAAAUUACUAUCUUGUCGACACAGGUCCUCUAAACGGCGGCACAGAAGUAUGGAUUGGGAGCCACAGAGACACCAGCAUGGCUGAUCAUGUUGAGUCGCGCGAAUCGCCAGGGGGCCUAUCAACCAUCAAGCCAGAACUUGUCAGCAAACGGCGUGAGAUACUUCCGCCCGUGCAGAUCUCGGUAAAAGCAGGAGAUCUAGUACUUCGAGACCUAAGAUUGUGGCACGCAGGAAUGCCGAAUCGGACGAACGUGCCCCGGGUCAUGCUUGCGUUUGGGAUAUUUCCUUGGUGGUAUCAAGCGUCUCUGAAGAUAGCACUUCCUGUUACCGCUCAGCCAUUGGUGCAGCGGUGGACGAAAGAAACAGGGCUAGAAUUUGUGGUGGAGUGGCAAGAGAACUAUGUGCCAACUUCAAAAUUCUUCGUGACCGCUGCCUCGGCGAACAAGAACUUAGCUGUACAUGGUUUUGAACACGAAGAAGUAUCACCAUCAUCCUCUCAUCGUGCUGAAACAACCAAUUCAAUGGCUGACAUUGACGUGGAAGAGAUCCUUUCUCGACUCUCUGUCGCCGAGAAAUGCGAUAUAACAGCUGGUGAGUUAUCGUCGCUUCUACUAGUCCCAUUCAUGCACGGAUUGUAUGCAACCACAACUCCUAUCCAAGCAGGCCUGGACCUCGAGAUGCCCGGACCUAGCCAAUGGAGGGGAAAGAACCUGCUACACUCACUGUUGGCUAAUCGUCUAAGCGCUCGUGAUCUCGAUGAUUGCGUGCGACGCAUUCUCAACAUGAUCAAAGAAGCCGCUAGCUCCAACAUACCGGAACAGGCGCCGGAGAAGCCUUUGAACCGUGAGAAAGAUCGCGAACUACUUCGUCGGGCCGCAACUGAGUCGAUAGUACUCAUGAAAAAUGACGAAAGCAUACUUCCCCUGAAUCCCGACAAGGCGAUUGCUGUGAUAGGCCCGAAUGCUGCUAUUGCAGCAUACCGAGGUGGGCGUAUCGCUCAUCUUCGACCUUACUAUGCGGUGACCCCUCUGCAGGCUAUCAGUGAGAGAAGCAAUGGAAGCGUUCAAUUUUCGCGAGGAAUUUACAAUCAUAAAGAAAGGCCUCUUCUGGGCCACCAACUCCUGACAAGUCACGGCAAGCCUGGAUUCGACAUGUACAUCUACAACGAGCCGCCGACCGUUGCAGACCGCACUCCAGUCGAUCAUUACGAGUUCCUUAACUCUUGCGGUUACUUCUUCAACUAUGAAAACAUGAAGCGUAUUGAUGGUGAAAACUGGCACGUGGAUAUUUCGGGUCGCCUUGUAGCGACUGACACUGGGCCCUACGACUUUGGCGUUAGCGUACAAGGCACCGCAAACUUGUAUCUAGACGGAAAGCUCGUGGUAGACAACACAAAAGACCAGCAAUUUGGCGAAGGCUUCUUCCGAGCGGGCACGGUGGAGAAGAUAGGCACUGUUCACCUGACCAAAGGAGAGUCAUACCACGUGCUAGUCCACUGGGCUGGAGCACACACUUCAGAACUCAUCAAGAACUCUCCAUUGACAUUUCAUCCCGGCGGUUUACGUCUUGGCGGAUGUUAUCAAAUGGACGUUGCUGCCUCCAUUCGCGCAGCUGCUGAGCUAGCGUCACAGGUCGACCAAGUCGUUAUUCUUGCAGGUCUAAUGGGGGACUGGGAGAAUGAGGGCGCAGAUAGACCUGACAUCGAACUCCCACAGCACACCGACGACCUCAUCAUCAGUGUGCUCGAUGCGAACCCUAAUGCUGUCGUCUGCAUUAGUUCAGGAAGUCCUGUGACGAUGCCAUGGGCUAGUCGCACUAAGGCUUUAUUGCAUGUGUGGUAUGGAGGCAACGAGACGGGAACAGCGAUCAGCGAUGUUUUGUACGGCGACGCCAAUCCAUCAGGAAAACUACCACUAUCUUUUCCUGUCUGUUUGCGCGAUAAUCCGACAUAUCUGUGCAGCCAAGCGGAGAGAAAACGUAUACUGUAUGCGGAGGACGUUUACGUAGGCUACCGAUACUACGACACCCUGGAAAAACCCGUACUCUUUCCAUUCGGUCAUGGGUUAUCCUACACCGAGUUCCGCCUCUCGAAACUUCGACUUGAAAUACAUGGCUCCCAGGAGAAAGCAGUGAUCACAGCGCGAGUCCAGAUUGAAAACAUUGGCAACUUUGACGGCGCAGAAGUGGUGCAAGUAUAUGUCGAGCCGCAGAAAUCCAGUGUUGGCCGCCCGGUGAAAGAGCUGAAAGGGUUCGAAAAAACACACGUUCUCAAGCUUUCCUCCACUACCACCCUUGCAAUAAACCUGGAGUUGAAAUAUGCGUUGGGGUUCUGGGACGAAGCAGAAGGUCGCUGGGUAUGUGAAAAAGGAAAAUACAAUAUACUCGUGGGAACAAGCAGCAGAGGAACAUUCCUACGAGAAGUGUAUUCCCUCGAAGAAACGUUCUGGUGGCAAGGUUUGUAG